GAAGCUACUCUGAAACUGCUAACUCGUUUGUAAUCGCAAUAUUGCGCGUACGUCGGUCGCAAUUUUAAGAAGCUAAGAUUCACUCCCAGUAGGCGGCGGCUUAGCGUGUGUAACUCUGCUACAUUCGCCUUGCGAGCGAACAACUCGGAAUGAGGGCCAUGGAGCUGUAGCCGGGCAGCACACACUGAUGUCAUGUAGCGGCCGGGGAGGGAGAGGGCCGGGCGGGACAGCCUGCGCUAUAGGGCGUGCCCGGCUCGGGGGGCGGUGAUCUGGGGCAGAUACAAAGCGCAGGAGCUGCGGCUGCCGGGGAUACAGGAGCAUCUGCUGCAGCCAUGGAUGUGCCUUGUGCCGCCGCCUAGGAUCCCCGGGACACGGCGCUGCGGAUGGGGGGCCGGAUGAUGAACUCCAUGGUAUUCGGGGACAUGAUGCGUGAGCUGGAGCCGGGCAGCGCUGUCCCCCCCCCGGGCACCCCGGUCACCAUGGCCCUGCGCAAUGACCUCGGCUCCAACAUCCACGUCCUGAAGACCCUGAACGUGCGGUUCCGCUGCUUCCUGGCCAAGGUGCAUGAGCUGGAGCGCCGCAACCGCCUGCUGGAGAAGCAGCUGCACCAGGAGCACUCCCAGCAGCAGGAGGAGCGCCGGCUGCGCCACAGGACCUACCUCCGGGAGCAGGCGGUGCAGACCGACCCCGAGCCCCCGCAGCCCGGCGCCCAGCGCCCCUACAGCCGCCUGCCCGGCACCAUCUGGAGCUACACCCAUGUGCGGCGCACCGGCGGCGGCCUAGAGACCUUCCAGGGGCCCGGGGUGUCCUGGAACCACCCGGACGGGGUGGGAGUGCAGAUAGACACCAUCACCCCGGAGCUGCGGGCGCUCUACAACGUGCUGGCCAAAGUCAAGAGGGAGAGGGACGAGUACAGGAGGAGGUGGGAAGAAGAGCUUGCCAAGAGGACCAAUCUUGAGUCCAUGGUGGAGACUCUCCAAGAGGAGGCCCAAGAGGCUUACAAUGUCCACGAUGAACUCAAUGAGAAGAUCGAGAGGUUGAAGUCUGAGUUGGUGGUCUUCAAGGGUCUGAUGCGUGACCCAAUGACCGAUCUCGACUCAAAGAUCCAGGAGAAAGCCAUGAAGGUGGAUAUGGACAUCUGCCGGCGGAUUGAUAUCACCGCCAAGCUGUGUGAUGUGGCACAGCAGAGAAAUUCCGAGGAUGUAUCCAAGAUGUUCCAGGUGGGAACGGUGUCCAAAAAGAGGGAACGGAAGCUUGCGCCGGAGGACAACAUCGCUGAGCAGGAUGGGGACGCUGGCCGGUUCUCGGAUGAUGAAGUUAGCUGCUCGCUCAACAUCACCGAUGAGAUGAAGAGGAUGUUUAACCAACUGCGGGAGACGUACGAUUUUGACGACGACACUGACAGUUUAACGUGGGAAGAAAACGAGGAUACUCUGUUGCUGUGGGAAGAUUUCAGCAACUGUAACCCACCCGCAGAGCUCCAGGGAGAGGAAGAAAGCUUGGGCAGUCUGAUUCAGGAGACUGAAACGUUCCUGAAAACACGGGACAAGGAGUACCAGGAAACCAUUGGCCAGAUCGAGCUGGAGCUGGCGACCGCGAAAAGCGACAUGAACCGACAUCUCCACGAGUAUAUGGAAAUGUGCAGCAUGAAGCGGGGUCUGGAUGUGCAGAUGGAAACCUGCAGGCGGCUUAUAAAGGGAUCGGCUGGAAGAAAUUCUCCGUCCACCAGUUCCGUAGCCAGCAGCGACUCGGGGAACUCGGAUGAGAUGCAGGAAGAGUUUGAGAAGGACGGCGACGGAGACAGCGCCAUCAGCUGAUGAACGGCACCUGUCCGGUGCUGCAUGAACAUUUAGGAACAGGAGCACGUGGACAAAGCAGAGACUUUGGAGGAUUCACAAAACGCCCUCCAGACCUCCACCCCCUUAUUUGGUGCUGUAAAUGUCUAUUCUUCUACAGAAAACCCUGGAAAUAGAAGUCUUGAAAACAAAACAGAAAAGACAAAGUGCUGUUUCACAUGUGCCUUCCCCACUCAGAGCCACCUGGAAUUAUUCUGGUUUAAUACGUAUGACUGGUGUACAGCGUGGUAGAGCGCUCUCGCAGGCCGCGUCCAGCAGAGGCAGCCUAUCGGGCCACUGGAAAGCGAUGACAUCACUCAGGCGCUGCGUUCCCAGGGACCUGAUUGGCUGCUUUCUCCUGGAUAGUUAUACAGCCUGGCUGCUCCCGUUGUGUAUGUACUUUAUAUCAGGCUGGUAGUCACCGUUGUGGUGUGUAGUGUAAGGAAACAUAAGAACCUGACAAGUGAUUAUAGGGUACGUAUGUUUAUAUAGGAGAAUCAUUCCGCCCCGCAUGGCACAUGUGGCACAGCAGCUGGAGCAGGGGGCUCUGUGAACGGCACUAUAUGUAGGGACAAUAUGCAAUACGUUUGCCUUAUUUUAGAACGGUUACUUCCCAGUGUGGGAGGAGAGUGGUUGGACAGUGCAUGACGCGGCGGGUUGUUUGCGGAUGCGGUCACUCAGUGGUUUUGCUUCUGUAGAGUUUGGCGUGGGUGCUGACACACUUUGAGUUGAAUAGAUCAGCAGGAGUUUAUUUCUGGGUAACACUAAGGUUAUAGGUUGAUGCAAAUUAAUUGUAAAGCUCACCUGCAUGUUUCUUAAGCGCCCAUAUUUAUCUGUUGCGUUUGCAGCUUUCCUGAUCGCGCCCUUUUAAACAAACAAAAAAGUCCUCUUUAACCAAAAUGAGGCCUUAGUAAAAUUGCUCGGCUUAACUUCUGUUUAGAACCUUUUUGCAGAAUUGGUAACCUUGCUAGAAUCCCUGGUUUGUCCACUCCUCAGAAGCCAAAAUUGGCCCGUCGUCCAAGACGAACACAGACUGGACAAGCUGUAAACUCGUUCAGAUGCACUUAUUAAAACCAGGGAAGUUGCCCAAAUGUCUGUUACCGUGCCCAUAGAGGGUAGAGAUGGAUUAUUAAUGCUCUGUAACUGGAUGCUCCGUAGACCCGUUUUAUAAAGUAUUAAAGGGAGUUCUGAGUGUGCACAGAAUAGCUCCGCGCUGUCUAUGCCAGCCAGAGUGUUCUGUAGCUCACCCCCGGCCGUGUCAUGCACAUCUGACAGCUGCUCGGUGUGACGCUGUAUCCUAUGUGAUAUUACUGGGAAGUGGGUGGUAAUAAUAUACUGCUAUAUGUUGCUGUCUUAUGGGUUCUGACUUUGAAGCCAUUUCUGUAUAUAAAGAACUUUUGCUUUUUUUUUUUUUUUUUUUUAAAUUUAUCAUACCUUGGUGGCCUUCUGACCGGUUUUAUUAGAUUUCCUCUUUUUUAUUCGUUUUGCAGAGAUUAGAUUUUUCUCAUCCUCCUUAAAGCCAAAGCGGAGCUCCCGUUCCCUGUGUAUGGGGGAGGAGCCACGUGAUGCUGUGCGACAUUCAGCUGCACCAGGUUUUGUACGAACUGCUUCCAAGCUACAUGGGGCUAGGAAUUAUUAUUAUAAUAAAAAAAAAUUCUGGCACUGGAUUAAUUUGGCAUAAAGGAAUUUUAGAAUGCCAUGAUUAUAUUAUAAUGGCUCGGUCAUAAACUUUACUACAUUCCCAAUAAAUGACAGCUGUCCGCUUCAUAGAUUACAAAUCAAGCGUCCUUAAACGGCCAUACAGAUUGGAUCCGACAAAUGUGGAAGCAGUUCAGAACAAAGGGGGUCAUUCCGAGUUGAUAGCUCGCUAGCAGUUUUUAGCAGCUGUGCAAACGCUAUGCCGCCGCCCACUGGGAGUGUAUUUUAGCUUAGCAGAAGUACGAACGAAUGUAUCGCAGAGCGGCUACAAAUUUUUUUUUUUUUGUGUAGUUUCAAAGUAGCUCAAAACCUACUCAGCGCUUGCGAUCACUUCAGACUAUUCAGUUCCGGAUUUGACGUCACAAACCCGCCCAGCCACGCCUGCGUUUUUCCGCACACUCCCUGAAAACGGUCAGUUACCACCCAGAAACGCCCCCUUCCUGUCACUCUGCGGCUACCAGUGCGACUGAAAUGCAUCGCUAGACCCUGUGCAAAACUACAUCGUUCGUUGUGCCUGUACGUCGCGCACUGAGAACUGCCGCUUUUUAGCCUGAUCGCUGCGAACAAAUUCAGCUAGCAAUCAACUCUGAAUGACCCCCAAAACCACAUGCACAUUUUGCGCUGCACUUUUUCUUUCCUAGUGCCCCCUCUAGUGGUGAAGGGUGUAACUAACACUUGCCUAAUUGCUGUAGCUCAGACACCUAUGUAGAUAUAUUGCCUUUUCUAGCCGUCGUGGGUCACAGAUGUACCAAAUACCUUCUGGGUUGCAAGUCAUUUGAGAAAAUGCUGCAGAUCUUUCUCUUCUGUAUCAGCAGACUGUAAAUACUUCUUUUGUAUCAGAAUAGACGUGUCAUAUUGACAUCAUUUUUUUUACAUGAAUACUGUAAGGACUGUUUUUUAUUAUACUUUUAUAGAUGGGUGGGGUCAGAGUUUGUUUGCCUUGACUAUUGCAAAGGACACAAUGGUGGACGUGUGUAUUGGGAAGGUAACUAGGACAAGCUUAACCCCCGAUGUUCUAUUCUAUGUGCUUUUUGGAUUACUUCCGAGAGCCACGGAGAUCAUUUUCUAUAGUCGUGUGAAGGGGGAAGUAUCCCGGUCACUGGGGAAUUUAUAGACAUACUGGUGGCUUGGAGCUAUAUACAGCACACUAUGUGUGGGGGAUUGUACAUAUAAGGAUCAGUGGUGGGUGGUGGUCGGUAUAUCUCGUGCAUGAGAGCUGUACAAACAUGUUGGUGUUGCCGCGUACUGGAAGAAUUGAAUGUACAAAUAAAACGACAGGUGAUAAAGAAUAUUAUGGGGUGCAGGGGGACUUCUCGGUAAGCUUAAUUGUAAUCUAUUUAUAAAGCAAAUAGUGUAUAUUCUAUUUUUGUGAACAAAACUUUUUGAAAAUCUAAAAAAAAAAAAGCUACAAAAUAAUUUGUUUUUGUGUUUUUCUAAAUGAGUUCAGUUCAGUUCUCCAUUCAGUAUUCUAACCGUAUCGAACUGACCAAUAGAAAUUCGUCCUGAAUUAGGUCUGGGAAGAGCAGGACUUCCUAAGUCGCUGAGGGGCCUUCUCCAUCUGACGGAGCAAUGGUAGACUAUGAAUGCCAGGUCUUAUUUUAGCUGUGCAAACUCUGGGGACUUAUUUGCGUGGCCGUUAGUUGAGACGGCUGCAUGACGUGCAGAAUCCGGUCAUAUUUCUGGCUGCGCUCCAUACGUGUAAUGAAAAGUAUAGACUUGCAUUACAUUUACAAAUGAUUUAGGACAAAUACCUUUUUCACCCUCGAAAGCACUGAUUUAUUCUUAAGAAUACUAAUAUACACCUCCUAAGUCCUGCCUGACCUGGCGGUUUUCACCAUGUAAUUUACUGUACACCAGCGCCGCCCCAUAUAGCGGUUGUAUCCGAAGCGUAAAUGUGAAAACUUUGCAUCGUCUGUGACCAAUGUCCUUUAUUUUUUGCAACGAAGUAUUUGUAGACUGACACUGGAGAAUGUAAGAUCUGUCCCUGGGAGCAGCGGCUCCUGUCACAAUGUGUAUGGUUCCCAUUAAGCUGUCCUCAGACCAUGUCUUGUGUAGAAGUUUGGAUAUGUAUAUUUUGCAAUGACCGUUUCUGUAAGAGGCUGCCUCAUUCUGGGUUUGCACCUACUGCACAGCAGGGGGCAGUACGAAUUAAGCUAUUACCCUGGGUAGCACUGGGCAGCCAUCUUUAAAUGUCCCUUUUAUCCUAUAGGAAUUUAUCCAACCAGCCAUGAAUUGACUCUUGCAAUAACUGUUUUGUUUCCGGAGUUGGCAUCAAUGUGGCAGAACGAGGGGUUAGAGACAUUUAUCCCCGGAUUACAGUACAUUCCUCUGAGAAGACCACGUGAAGACAUUAUUUAUUGUGGAUGUAUGGGUGAUGUGUAAAUGCCCCAUUCAAUGGCGGUUCCCUUUACCAGGAGGGAACAGCACUUAAAGCCAAAUGGUCUAUUUUGUCUCCGUUUUGCUUUUUUCUAUGUCUCCUAUGUUACGUUGUGGGGAUUGGGGAUUUUGUACAGGAACUGUCUUAUUACCAUGUAACCCCUUUUUUAUAUUGUGUUCUUUCAGUUUAUUAUUUGCCUUUCUUUUACCCUACCGGUAUUUGUUUCCUCUACAAUAGUCACACAACUAUUUUGUCUGCAUACAUAUGGCAGAUUCCUGACUGACUGGUUUCCCCCAGAGGGGCCACAGGCCAUUGCGGAGCGAUGCAUUGCUGUCCCCCCUCACGGGCAAUGAUAAUAGGAUUUGGCACUUUUUACCUCUUGGUAACAAAAUUCAAUAAACACCAACAUUCUGAAAAUGGCA